AUGUCGUCACCGCUGAAGAAACAGCCCGAGGCUGUUGCAGACAAAGUUCUCAAGCGGGUCGAAGUGAGCAAGAUUGCACGAAGACUCCAGGGUCGUCUGGCCCUCGCACACCUCAAGACCAAACAUGGCUGGGAAGAUCUGACCCUCGACACGCUGGAGCCCAAGGUCGAGGAGGAGCGGAGGAGGCGCAUCUGUGAUGGCGAUGCCUUUUCCGACUCGUCCUCCAGCACCUCGGAGCUCCCAUACCCCUCGAGGGCCCUGAUGAGCUCGCCGCUCAAGGCUCCGCUGUUUUCCGACGCAAUUGGUUCCAGCAACGGCAGCACCGGGCAUCGCAAACGCACCUACACGCCCUCGUUCGACAUGACCAUGUCCAGCCCGCCCAAGCGGCUCCGGUCGUCACCCACGGCGCACAAAUCCUUCAACGCUUCCCACAGCUCCUGGAGAGGGCAUCGCCAGCUGAUACAAUCUUCUCCCAUCAAGCCCCGGAGGCAGCAACAUUUCACCACUUCGAACGGACCCGAAGUCUCCUUCUUCCAGGGAACACGCCGCCCCUCGGUGGACCUGACAUCCCCCAACUUUGCUGCACAGUCGGACGAUGAUGACGAUCUGCUACCUGCGCAUUCCUUCCAGGUCGACCACAAUCGGGCAUCCCCUCCUAGUACACCACCUAUGCGGAGCAGAGGGGGAAUCAACGGCCGGAAUCACGACAAGGGCCAGGCGAAGACGUACAAGGCGGGCGAGGAGGGCGCAGACCUGCUGCUCUACCUGGCGCACUCUCCGUCCCCUGCAAAGCCGUCAUCCAACAGAACGCUCAUGGAGCCUCCGUCGACGCCGCCACCGCGGAAGGACCUCGCCCUGCCGUCGUCGAUGAUGACCACGCCUGGAGGGGGUGGCAUGUUCCCCACCACACCGGGCCAAGCAUUCGACUUUGCAGACUUUGUGAACAUCACGCCCAGUCCGGCGCAGAGGCCUUGGAAGACGCCGUUGUCGAUCUCGGCAAGAACACCUACGGCGAAGACGCCCACGACGGGGGCACGGCGGCGUCUGACAUUUGACGAGCCCAUGCCACAUGGUCUGGCGUAA